CCCUCAGUCACGGCGUGCUUUGCCAGCUCACUGGGCAGCAGCAGGCAGAUACUUCUACCACAAAUUUAUUUAUUUAUAUUUAAUGUUAUUAUAAACAUGUACCUUCUGUUACAUAGCAUGUGUAACAAAUGGGAAAUAAUGUAAACUACACCUUUUCAGAUCAGUGCCCCUUAAAAUCCACAAAACAUGUAUGCCAUUGUUGAAUUUAGAUGUAAUGAAUUGUUUUAUUUUUUUUGCACCACAAAACACUAUAUGACGGAGAGUAGAACUAGUGUGCUUUAAAGUUUGAGCAGUGACACAAAAGGUCCAAAGUUUGGAACUGAAUCUUUUUGAAUUAUGAGUUAAUAAUGUUGAGUUAAUAAUAAAACAACAACGAUAUUAAUAAUUGUCAUUUUGGAUUAAACUGGUUUCCUCAAGCAGAUGUAAAAUUGGUAAAAGUUUGAUUUUAGCUCUGUAGAACCUGAACUACUGUGCUGAUAUUUUUGAAGGAGGUCCAAAUCUAAAUUUCAGUCAGUCUUCACUUUCAAUCUCAGUAGAAUACACAGAAUAACUAACUAUUUAUAUUAAAAUCAGUCCUCUGCAGAGGACAUGUUCACAGUCACAGCGAGCAGCUCUGAUAGCAAGUCUGGCUAGACUGCACCAUAAGCCUCGGCCAUCAUCAGUGUGUUUGCUGCUCCCUCAAUAACUGCACUUUAUUAAACACUCAUCAACAGCAGAUGGUUGUUUUUACAUUGAGUCCCUGAACAAACAUGUGGGCCAGUUGGAAAACGUCUUUUGAUGGAGCUCUGAAGCAUUUUAAAUCAUUUUAGGAGAGAAAUGAAAGAGAAAAGCCGCUGAGCAGUGCUGGCCACGGCGGUGAUAGGUGAGGUUUGGAGGCUCCAAAAACAAAAUGCAGAGAGCAUCAGAGCUCUACAUGACUUGAAUAUGAAGAGACACAAGUCCGCUAUCGGCUCCCUUCACUGUCAGCCUUCAGCACUUCUCCCACAUGAUGUUUUGAGUGUUUUAUCAGUGAAGAGAAAACACAAGUGGCACGGCUUUCAGAUGCUCAGAGGAACCACGGGCUGGGUUGAGUCUCCACGGUUCUCAUGGUGUGUUUAAGUGCAGCCCCCUGCUCCGAGCUCUUCAACAGUCCAGUCUCACUCUCGUGUUGUCGUGAAGAGGAACUAAACUUCAGGAGGAAAUGGCAGAAGUAGCUCCAGUUCAAGCCGCCCCGGCGGCCAAAGCAGCCAAGAAGAAGGUCUCUAGACCGAAGAAGACUGGCCCCAGCGUCAGAGACCUCAUCGUUAAAGCUGUGGCCGCAUCCAAGGAGCGGAGCGGCGUGUCUCUGGCCGCCGUCAAGAAGGCUCUGGCUGCCGGAGGCUACGAUGUGGACAAGAACAAGGCCCGCGUCAAGACCAACAUCAAGACCCUGGUGGCUAAUGGGACUCUGGUCCAGCUCAAGGGGACCGGGGCCUCCGGCUCCUUCAAGGUCAGCAAGCAGGCUGCAGAGAAGCCGAAGCCAGCCAAGAAAGCCGCUCCUAAAGCCAAGAAGCCCGCAGCCAAGAAACCCGCAGCGGCCAAAAAGCCCAAGACGGCAAAGAAGCCGGUAGCCGCGAAGAAAUCCCCGAAGAAGGCAAAGAAACCCGCAGCGGCCAAGAAAGCAGUCAAGAGCCCCAAGAAACCAGCUAAGAGCCCCAAGAAGGCGACUAAGGCUCCCAAGGUGACCAAGAGUCCCAAGAAGGUGGUCAAAAAGGCCCCUGCAGUCAAGAAAGCUCCCGCUAAGAAGGUUGCCAAACCCAAAGCCAAGAAAGCAGCACCCAAGAAGAAGUGAGCUGUUCUCAGUCUGAACAAACACUCAACAAAAAGGCUCUUUUAAGAGCCACCCACAUCAUCCUUAAAGAGCGAUUACCUGUUUAUUCUUACAGUUGACAUUAACUGCAGACAUAAACAUAAUAUUAUAUUUGGAGCUAGGAGGAGAAAUAAACUAGGGCUUCUCACUUAUUUAUUACAAUGAUUAAAAAUACUUGGGCCUAGAUGAAACCUACAAAUAGUAUGAAAAAUAAAUAGACCUCACAGGACAGCCAUCUGAUCUUAAAUGUGUUUCCUGUAUUAAAUAUUAGUGAGCUUUGUAGUUGUGUGAGGGGAUAAUAUAAUAUGCAAUUCUUUGCUUCCUCACAUUUCCUUUUUUUACAACAUAAAUAUUACAAUGUUUCAAACUCAGUUGAAUGUGGGCAGCACAACAUGACCAAUGCACUAUAAAUCUCCACAUCUGAAGGCUGACACUAAAGCUAAGGAGCCUGUAAAGAAUAGCACUAAAUAAUGUAUAAAACC